GAUGACAAGACUGUCGAUGGUGCCGACAUUAAGAAGGAAGACGACGAUGAAGCUAAGGAUAAUGAAGAGUGUGAUAGGAAGGAGGAUAAGAUCAAGAAGGAGAUGAAGAAGGAAGGGAAGGAUGGGAAGGAGGCCGGUGUGGGCAGUGGCAGUAAACCGGGCGGUGCUGCUCCGCCCGUCAAGGACUCCCGUGAGACAGAGAUCAUCCGUAACCUCAAGUCUGAGCAUAAGAAAGCUGUCAAUGAUUAUCGUGAAUUGAAGUUGUUGCUGGACAUGUACAAGGGUGUGGGCAAGGAGCAGCGCGACAAGGUACAGCUCAUGGCCGCUGAGAAGAAGGCUCGGCAAGAGGUCGAAGACCUCAAGACUCAGGUUAAGAAACUACAAGACAGUAAGAGAGAGGAGCGUAAGAAACUGGCGGAUGAAGAAGCCAUCCGUAAGAUAAAGCAACUGGAAGAGUCCGUCCAUCAGCUCCACAGACAAGUUGCUGUCCAGAAGCAGGAAGAGGAGACCUUGUUGAACGAGAUGGAGGUAACAGGUCAAGCUUUCGAGGACAUGCAGGAACAAAAUAUUCGUCUGAUCCAACAGUUGAGAGAGAAGGACGAUGCUAACUUUAAGUUGAUGUCUGAACGUAUUAAGUCCAACCAGAUCCACCAGCUGGCCAAUGAAGAGCGUAAUGUUCUCCAAGAACAGACGAACACCCUGACAACCCAGGUGGAGGCUCAGAACCAGGUGGUUCGUAAGCUGGAGGAGAAGGAGCGACUCUUGCAGAACAACCUGACCACUGUGGAGAAGGAGCUGACGCUGCGUCAGCAGGCGCUGGAAAUGCACAAGAGGAAGGCUAUUGAGUCAGCACAGUCAGCUGCUGAUCUUAAGCUCCAUUUAGGUAAGUCAGGAGAAUUUUUCAGCUGAUCUUCCUGACAGUUG